GAUGAGAAGUAGUUAUCUAUGGUGUACAGCUUCUACGAACCACAGCUAUUCACUUUAUCUCUUCUAUAAUCGUGAAAAUGACCGAGCGUUCCGUGGAGACUAUCCUCAAGUAUCAUUUCUCCAACCAUGAAUUGCUAGAAGAAGCACUACUCGCUGCAGGGGCGUCAGUCUCCAGCAAAGAUAUACAGGGUGAUGCAAAAGGCAAUAAGCGCCUUGCUCUGUUAGGAGAUUCCGUUCUGCAAGAAGCUGUUCUGGAGCCGUGGUAUAACUCUAAGGAAAGUACUGAGGAGGGUCAUAACAGGGUGAAAAGUUUAUGUGGAAACAAGAGGUUGAAAGAAAUAGCUCAGAGAAGCGGGAUAUCGGAUUUCAUUGCCAAAAACCCAUGCCAAGAAGGUCAGGUGCCUCAAGAGACCGCUGCGUCGACAGUUGAGGCACUGGUAGGAGCAGUUUAUAUAGAUUGUGGAGAGGACAUAUCAAAGGUCCAUCAAGUCCUUGAGGCGAUUGAUUUUUUCAAAGAGUGAUAAAAGUUGGUUUAGUAUAAUUUGUGAUAAAGUUAUGCGUAGUAUACAAUAAUUAUUAUGUCAUAGUUUAUAUCUAGGGAAUCUAUAAUUAAAACACUACAGC